AAUCAAACAUCAAGUAUCAAGGUAUCAAGUAUCAAGGUAUCAAUCUCCAGCCUCAAAACAUCUCUCUCCCCCCCUCGUACCAAAGCCAUAAAUAAAUCUUAUGGCUACACAGAUAAUUCACGUUCUUAUGUGAAACGUAUCACACAUAAUUCAUCCACUGUAAGAUUCAUUGAUUUAUUGCACGAAAUAAUCUCCUUUACCUGCAAUCAUUUCGUUACACUGUUUCGAUUGCUUUGUUCGUUUUUCACUUGUUUACUCCUCCUGACUAUUCCCUCGUUUUCUCAUCUCCCAUCAAAGGCAACUUGCAUCACUCACUUCAACAAACGCGUACUUUGAUCUAUCAACAAUGUCUGUCCCCGGCAUUGCCCAAGUUUCUCGUCGCCAUGAUACGGGAUAUUUGCCAAUAGAAAAUUAUGGUCUAAUCGGGAACAUGAGAACUUGUGCUUUGGUGGGUAUUGAUGGGAGUAUUGAUUUUAUGUGCUGGUAAGCUAUGGUUACGCAGGCCGACGGAGUGUUUUGAAGCUCUCCAAGUACUUAUUAUAUUCACACAUCUAGGCCCGACUUUGAUUCUCCUUCGGUAUUUGGUCGACUUCUAGACAAAGAUAAAGGUGGGUUUGGGGUUCUCUUGCAGUGAUGGUUGUCUCAGAAUAAUGUGGAUAUCAAAAACUACCCCUCAUUUUCAUGUCCACCGGUCCCUAACAAGCUUCCCAAAUUACCCCGGAUUAUAUGCUACUUUUAAACACCACAACCAACUGCAAAUGCUAACUCUGCGAACCUCUCAGGUGGUCAUUUUUCAAUCACUCCUGCAUGUGGAGUUACUUUCAAUACAAAGCAACAAUACCUUCCAUCUUCGAAUAUCCUACAAACUCGAUAUAUUCAUGAAGAGGGUGUAGUUGACUUGAUCGAUUUCUUUCCACGUCCUAAUCAUAGUCAUGUCGCGAAAAAAAGCUCCAUGCCGUUUCGAGAAACUACAAAAGUUCAAGGCGAAUUGAAAAAAUGGCUGGUACGUCGAGUCGAAUGUAUUCGAGGCAGUGUCGAUUUAGGUGAGAAAGAUCCAGAGCAUGGCGGCAGUCAUCAUAUCUCACAACUUUGUUUAGAUGUGGAGAUAUUUCCAGCCUUCAAUUAUGCCCGCGAUGAACAUGAUCUCGAAAUUCUUAUGCCGGAGCAUCCCCCAGGAGCACUAGAGAGCAAAACGGUUACCUUCACCAGUAAAGACAUAAAACUUCAACUCGAUGUGACUAUUGAUCAUGGUGAGGAGAAUAAAGAGUCAUGCCCCUCCCUAAAAUUCCGUCGAGUAAGACAAAAGGAAGGUAAAGGUGAUGGUGUUGUUGCAAAUAUACGAUUACAAGAAGGUCAAGCUAUUUCGUUUGUCUUGCGUGAUGAUAUUCCCAAUCAUAUCACUAGGGAUGUCACUACCGAAGUUUUAGAUGCACAACAACAUGAUACUCAAAGAUUUUGGUCAAAUUGGAUUGGUCAAAGUAAAUAUACAGGUCGGUGGAGAGAGGUUGUUGCUAGAAGUUUGAUGAUUUUAAAGCUAUUGACUUACGAGCCUACUGGGGCAAUUAUUGCGGCACCCACUUUCUCUAUUCCUGAAGAUAUUGGAGGAGUCCGGUAAGUAAGGAGCUCUUCUACCUAUGCCCAACUAACUUUUCCAAGCAAUUGGGAUUACCGAUACUCCUGGGUACGAGAUUCUAGUUUCACAAUUUAUAUUCUACUCAGGAUGGGAUUCGUUGAAGAAGCCGAUGCAUACAUGAGCUUUAUCAGUGAUCGAUUUAGAUUGUCAAGAGGUCCAGAUGGUGCUUUACCGAUCAUGUUCACAAUCCGUGGCGAGACUGAUAUUCCAGAAAUUGAGCUUGGGUGAGUGUUUUGGGAGUUUUGUUUCUUGCCUUGAACUAAUCCUUCAUAGCCAUCUCUCUGGUUAUAGAGAUAGUGGUCCAGUUCGUAUUGGUAAUGGUGCAGCUUUUCAUCAACAAUUCGAUAUCUAUGGUGAGCUUAUGGAUGCUAUCUAUCUUUGGAACAAAUAUGGAAAGCCUGUCACGUGGGAUCAAUGGGUAGCAGUAAGGGAGAUUCUAGGUAUGUUACGUGCAUGUCAACUUUUGUAAGAACAUAAUACUAAGCAGGUUAAGAUUAUGUUUUAAAAAUCUGGGAAGAAUCCGAUAUGUCGAUCUGGGAGGUCCGAAGCAGAAAACAAAACUAUACAUAUUCCAAGAUUAUGCUUUGGGUAGCAUUCGACCGUGGAGUACGUCUUUCGGAAAAACGUUGUUUGCCUUGUCCGAAUAAAGCAGAAUGGUUAAGAGUUCGUGACACUAUCUAUGAAGAAAUCAUGGAGAAAGGUAGGGAGUCUACAUCCUUAUUAGAUGAAUUCCUUCACUGGGAUCAACUGACAAAUCGGUAGGCUACAACACUGAUCUACAAGUCUUUGUCCAAAGUUAUGAAUCCCGCACCAUGCUUGACUCAUCUAUUCUUAUUGCACCUCUCGUCUUCUUCAUCUCUCCCAAUGACCCACGCUUCCUAAAUACAAUUGAUAAAAUUCUUCUUUCCCCCGAAAAAGGAGGUCUUACAGAAACCGGUCUCGUUUUCCGUUACAAUACCGCUACAUCCGAAGACGGUGUUGGUGGUCGGGAAGGUGCAUUCUCUAUGUGUACUUUUUGGCUAGUUGAAGCACUUACUAGGGCGGGUGUUUAUGAUAGGAAGUAUUUGGUAAAGGCAGUUAGCAUCUUUGAGAAUAUGUUAAGUUUCGGUAAUCAUUUGAGUAUGUUUAGUGAGGAGAUUGCGAGGAGUGGUGAACAGCUAGGGAAUACCCCGCAGGCAUUUAGUCACUUGGCUUUGAUUAGUGCAGCUUUUAAUUUAGAUAGGGCGACGAAGGGAAAGGUUUAAGAUGCUGGAAAGUGGAAGGAUGAUGAUGAAAUGGCGAUGCCGUUGCGUGAUGGUGUCUAGAAUGAUUGUGGGUUAUGACUUCUUCAAGUGGCAAUGCAAUAGAAGUAAAGAGAUUCUUUAUUUGGGGGUUAAGAGGAGUGGAAACUCGGAAAUACAAAGUUAUACUAUGAUUUCGAGGUGCUGGAAAGGCUAGGUUUCUUUAUUAAUCAUCGGAUACUUGACUUCUUGAUUUAACCAGUAUCUAUGUAUACCAAGAUGGAGGGAGGACAUAAGAAGAAAAGGCUUUUAAAUAUAUCUUUACAUAGCAUACAAAUAUUACCUA